AUGGCGAAGGGAGAGAGCGAUUCUAAUCUAAGCAGCGAGAUCGACUCCAAGUCGGGAAAGGGCCUUCCAAUCAUAAGUUGUCUACUGUCGCUUGUCAUACCUACUGACGUAUAUGAGCAUGUUGCCAAACUCCCACUGGGAUUGUUGUGGCUGGCGGGGGCUGUCUCAUUAGCUGAGCUGUACCUUCGUUAUUUCUUCAGACUAGACUUCAAGAACUGGAAAGUUUGCUUCAAACCAACCUCUGCUCUUAGGUGUUGCGUAGGACAGGAAAAUGGAGGGACGCCUAAUUCGACUCCAUCACGACCGCGACCCCGAGAAGAUGACGCAUUUGCAACGAAUGCAACCAGGGCGUGUUCCUCCGUAUCGUCAGGCUGCGAUGCUUCAAGGCCGGUGACACGGAAGACAGAGCAUUUCUUGCUUGCCGCCAUCUUGGGUCAAGCGAUGUGGAGCGCGGCUAUCGACAGCGCCUUUGGAGGCGGCUUUGACCAACCUUCUCGCAAGGCUAAGCUGUGCUGGCUUCCACGUAUUCUCGCCAAGGUGAUUUUUUUUGUCGCACACCAUACCUUACACCUUAACUCAAUCUACUUGUUUGGUUCUCACCACCUGAUUGACGACUCUCACCUCUUCAUAUGCCCUCUAUCAUCUCUCAGCUCAAACCGUGCGGUAAUUUGCUCUCUUACCCCCCGUCUGCCUUCGCGAGAAAAAUUAGUCCCGAAACCUGGCCUCCCAUCCAUGACCACUACUCUGGAAUUCAACCAGGGCUUCCAACGGGCCGUACUACGUACGAACGUACUGAGUUUGUGA